AGGAACAUAAGUUUGUGAUUGUGGAGGUAGCCAUGGUAGCCUUCCUUUUAACUAGUCUGUGCGUUUUCUUCCCUUUAGCUAUAUUCAUAAUAAAGUUCCUGCACAAGGUAUGGUGGACUCCGAUCCGGGUACAAUAUAUGAUGGGUUUGCAGGGAAUCAAAGGCCCUUCUUAUAGCUUCCUUCAUGGAAGCACCAAGCAGAUCAUGAACAUGAGAAAGGAAUCCUUCGCCACUGCAAUGGACUUAUCACAUCAUAUAUUCCCAAGAAUUAUGCCUCACAUUGAUGCCUGGAUCCAGCUAUAUGGUGAAAAUUAUCUUCAAUGGCGUGGUCCUCAACCUCAAUUAGUUGUCACUGAAACUCAGCUGAUUAAGGAGAUAUUGAACAACAAAGAUGGAGCCUUUGUUAAAACGAAGCCUAGUAGUUACGGUAAGAAGCUAAUUGGAGAUGGGAUUGUAGUAACUCGAGGUGAAAAAUGGUCCAAGUUACGUAAAAUCUCCAACUAUGCUUUCCAUGCGGAGAACUUGAAGGAAAUGGUCCCAGCAAUGACAGCAAGUGUGGAAACCAUGCUAGAAAGAUGGAGACAUCGUGAAGGAAAGGCAAUUGAAGUAUACGAAGAGUUCAAGUUGCUAACAUCAGAAAUUAUUUCACGAACAGCUUUUGGAAGUAGUUAUUUGGAAGGGAAGAAUAUAUUUGAUAUGUUGAUUAAGUUGAGCACAAUCAUAUCAAGGAAUGAAUUCAAGAUUCGCUUUCCUGGCAUCGGGAAAUUUGUGAAAUCAAACGAUGAUACUGAGUCAGAUAGAAUAGAACAGUAA